AUGUGUGAAUUGACAGUGGCAGGAAAGGCAUUUCUAUGGCAUCAAAUAAGAUGUAUUGUUGGAGUGUUGAUAUUAGUUGGACAAGGAAAGGAGGAUCCUAGUAUAAUAGAUGAACUAUUAGAUAUAGAAAAACAUCCAAGGAAACCUCAAUAUAAUAUGGCGUCUUAUAUACCCUUGGUUCUUUUUGACUGUCAAUAUGAGGAUGUAGAGUGGAUCUAUAGUGAAGAAUCCCAUAUCAAUAAUAUAAAGCACCUUCAGGAUAUGUGGUCUCAGAAUUCCAUCAAGACAACCAUGAUCAAGAGAAUGUUAGAUUCUUUGGGUGAAAAACAAAUACAGAACUCUAGCGGUACGAUUCCAUGUCCUAAAUUACCUAUUCAAAGUAAUUGGCUCAUUGACAUAAAAGAUUCUAAACAUAUACCAUUGUUGACAAGACCAACUUCAGAAAGUUUAGAAGAAAAAGUGAAAAGUGCAAAAAUGAGAAAAUUACAGAAUUGA